AACGGAACGCAACCAGAAAUCACUAUACGGAGCAAUGGCGUAGUGGCUCGAAAAAUAGGUGCCUCAGCCAUAUAUAGAAGUGAAGUGAUCAUUAUCACACAAACAAUAAGAUUUAACACAAAUAUCUUUUGUUACGUGAUUGUGUAUUAAACAACAUGACAAUAUGGCUAAAGAACGCGGCGUUAUGAAAAUUCUCUGGAAUAGUUUUAUAUCUUCUCUGAAACCCCGUUUUUUUCGUCGUAAGUUAAUCGGUGAAGAUUAUUAUGGCACAAAAUACUACGAAGAGGAAAUUCGUACCUCUAGCCGAAAAAAGUCGGCUCGAUCGUUCGAGCCGGUGAACAAAGAUGAUUUCAUGCAAGAACUGCCAGCCGAAUGGGAAUCCUGGUUGCGACAUCGUAGAAAGGAACCACCUACACGAGAAGAAGUAGAAGCUAAUUAUCGAUUAGCAAUGACGAAGAAGGAGAAUUCUGCUGCAUUACAAGAGAAAUAUUCCCAAAGUAAAGAACUUUCCACUCAAUCUACUCAGUCAACUACAUCAAGCUUUCCAGUUUAUGAAGAUUACAAAAAUUUUGGCAGCAGUUAUAAACCAAAAAGUGAAUAUUAGUAGAAAUUAAUUACGCAAUUAAUUGAAAUAUUUGUAUAGUAAUAUAAUUCUAGGCCAAAUUAUACAUUAAACAAUUUUAUUGUUAUAUAACGAGUUAAUAUUUCAAUGUAAUCUAAUAAUGUAAUAGUUUAAUGUUUCGCAUCAGUCUCUUGUAAGAAUAUUCAAUUCUUUGAAUUGUACAAUGUGGAUAUAAAUAUCUCUGAAUGUGGCUAUGUGUAAAA